GAUUAAUGUACAUGUUUAGAUACAUAGAUACACAAUCCACUAUACACAAAACUCUAGAGUGAAGUCGCAUUAUAUCCAAUAUGUUUUGACCGAUUAUUGUGGUUUUCGUCGUCGUAUUGGGUGAGGUUGCUGGGGAGAUGUUAAAUGAAUGCAGAGCUGUCGGUGAUUGUUUCAACGCAAAAUGUGACGGUACACACGAUCUGGAAUGUUAUCGUGGUCAAUGCACGUGUGUAAACCCUUUCAAAGUUUGCCUAUUUGACUCCGAUUGCUCUGGAACCUGUACCGCCUUUGGCCGCCAUAGACGAUAUUAUUGUAUCACUGCUAAGUGUCGAUGCUUCGCCGGUUAA